AACACUCGAAAAGCUUGCAAAACGAGAAUACCGCGGAACUAUCAGGUUUUAGAUUAAAGACCAGGCGCAUAUUCGAGGAUUUAAAAUGCCGACAUAACUCUCGAAGUGAAAUAAAACUUAUUAAUAAAACAGCUUACGAACUCUUGCAGCCUCAGUGGUUGUGUGAUUUUACGUCCAUGUCUACGUUUAACUGGUUCUUCUCAAUUUUAGCUCUCGUUAAAUUUACGUAAUGCACUGAGCAACGAAUUAAAUUCCCCACAACUUCUUUUAAUAUAAUGCUACGGGGAGGGGAACGCGAUGACACUAUUUUCUUGUUUUGUUUACAUCUCAGUUCAAUAUAUUCAUUGUAUUACUGACAGACGAUGAGAUAGAUUGUUGAAAAUGAAUGAAAAUGUUUUAUUCUUAUUGUUAAAUGUUUCAGGUGGUCCUGUCACAAGCACGAUGAAAAAUUUCGUUCCACUUUUAAAUAUAACGCACUGAAAAAAAAAAGACUUUGCCAUUAGAAUUUCCUGGUCCGCUGUGCUACGCUUCUGACGCAUCUAAAACUAUUCGCAACAUAUGGGGACUAUUCAAAGAUGUCUUCGAUCGCGCAAACUUCAAAGACUUGGAAAGUGUUGUCUCUUACUUACUCUGUUGACCUGUUUUGUCUGGCACUGCGUCUACAACUUUUCAAAAAAUCCUCCAAAUCGUAAGAUUGACAUAGGAAAUUACAGUCUUACGCUUGCGGGAUCCACAAUAAAUAACAAUUCACGUGUAAAACUCUCCCUCAGCGCCCUGAACAUUCACAUCUGGCGAGAGCUGUGUGGUUCCGACAUACCGAACUUACGUCAACAUCUCUUUUUUCCUCGGUAUCCUAACGAAAAGUUUAAGUACCGUAUAACAGAAUUCCAGAUUGAAGACGACAGCUUAGACUAUGGCCAGGUUAUUUUUGGCUUCGUUCACCCACCAAACACAAUGUCAUACCGUUUUGCAAUAGUCUCGGAUGAUACAUCAGAGUUAUGGCUUAGUUCAAGUGAAGAUCCAAACCGAAAACAGUUGAUUGCCAGAGUGUUCACAGAAGGUGAAACUGCGUGGGCACAACGAAAUCAGCUGGAUAAAUACCCUGACCAAAUCUCUGAAGAUAUGUAUCUUCUCAAAGGUAGUAAAUAUUACCUUGAAGUACUUCAUAAACAAGGCAUAGGUGAUGGCUUUGUACAAGUAUUUUGGAAAAGCUUUCAAGAAAAAGAAUUCAAACUGAUCAGUUCCGAAUAUCUAUCACUCUAUUCCGACGAUAUCUCGGUUGCAGAACGGAAAGAUGUUUACCAUAGUGUUCUUUCAGAACGAUAUCACGAUGAACUCAAACAGAAAUCCGAAAGAAUUAGCAAGGAAUACUUGGACUUCUUUUCCCUCCCUUUGAUUCCUAAAGAUAGUUACCUCACUUCAUGCGAAUACAAAAGUAGUCUGGGUUAUCAUUUUUCCGAAUCUAUGGUUUACCCUGGAGAUGACACUGUCAUGUGUGACUACGAAGACGGUUCGCCUAACCGAGUUGCCGGUGGAGAUUCAGUUCGAGCGGUUGUGGACAAGGUAACUACUUCUCUGCGACUAAAGACCUCCAAGUAAGUUGACUGCCGCCAACAUGGUGAAUAUGUUUUGUGUGUGUGUGCAUUACACCUGCUUUCAGUUUUACGUGCAUAAGCGACAUUUCUCAACAUGCUUAGUAACCUGGCCUACGUCAAAAAUGUAAGCACAACUUACUUCUUUACGGUCAAACUCGAAUUUUAGUGAUAAAAGAUGGAUUUAUUUGACAUCAAACUAAUGUUAGGAGUAUCAAGAAGUCAUUCGGGGAGAAAUAAAUCGACUGUUUUGAAUGUUUUACACCAUGCGAAUGUUAAAAGCGGUAGCGGUAGCAGUAGGUAGCGGCAGCAAUUCUACCGGAAGUGGCUAUUGAGUGCCGGUCGACUACACUAAAACCGUUUGAAUUAUCCCGUGAAUCGGGAAACAUGAAAAGUCCGCAAUCUUCUUCAGUCAUUUGAGGUCAGUAAUUAUCAUUUAUUUGUCAUUUCUUCCUCUAAUAACCGGAAAGAUUGAAAUGUUUCACAGUUAAACGGUCUUUCAGCCGUUUACGUGGCACGUCGAAAGAUGGCACAGGCAUAACGAAAGAUGGUCGAAAGAUGUCGCCUGUGCACAUUACACUGAAAGCGGGUAUUAAGGUUUUACUUGGAAAUUCGCUACUUAAUUAACUCCUGGCUGACAUACUGACUGCUUAACUGACUUACUGACUGACUGC